UGCUGCAGCUGCGCUCCCUAUUGUAAACUGAAGUAACUAAGAAACGUCAAACAUGGCUCACACAUUUUCGGAAAGGUGAAAUAAAGAUUGGCGAAAUAAUGUCUUCAGUUGAAAUUAGCUUUAAGGUUCGGUGUCAGAUAUGCCAGAAUAUUACAUCCCUCUCAGAUGCAUGCGCGGAUGAAAUCAAACUCACUCAAGUUCGUCAGAGAAUGGAAGAAGUCACCAAUUCUGUGGUUGACUGGUUGAGUUUAAUUUGUAAAUCUUGUAAUGAGAGACUGGAUGAUCUGUGGCACUUCAAAAUCACCUGUAAGAAUGCAUACGCAAAAUACUUGGAAGAUUUGGAAAUCGCCAAAUGUCAGGAAAUCGAGGAGAUUGAGUAUGUGGAAGAUGCCGAAAAUGAUAUAUUGGCAAGAGCAGUGGUGGAAAGUACAAUUAGUAAGGAAGAACCAGAGGAUAAGGAGAAUAUUGAGGUGAUUGAGAUACUUGUAGAAAAACGAACUCAGCCCGAAUCUGUUGGCAUCGAUGGCGAUCCUAUAGACUAUGUGGACUUCUUGGGCAGUUCUGAGGCUGUCCUGGAGCCGGGAGAAGUGUUUUCUGAUAAGGCAGAAGUGGUCAGAGUUCGGAAAAAGGAGCAGAGUGGAACCAUCAGUGAGGGCAAUGAAAGAUUCCUAUGCUCAACUUGCGGGAAAUCCUAUACGUCCAAAGCCAAUCUAAUGCAGCACAUAAACAUAAUUCAUUUGAAAAUCAAGCCCUACGAGUGUCUUUUUUGCGGCAAAGAAUUGGCCACGCGCUACAGGUUGGAGCAACAUUUGGAAGUUCAUUCAGAAAAGAGAACCAAAAUCCCAUGCAAUACUUGCGACAGAUCAUUCACCUCGGUGUCAAAUUUGCGAAGGCACGUGAAUGAAGUGCACAAAGAAUUGUGGAAGCGAAGUAACGGCACGAGAAAGCUAGCGAGAAAGUGUACAAUUUGCAACAUUUCAUUCAAAAACAAGAUUGAAUACCACAAACACAUGGAUUUGCAUCCAGAAGUGAGGAUGAAAAAGAAAGGAUUGAACAAGAAGUGCGGAUUCUGUGAUCUGGAGUUUAAGAGCUACCAUUCAAUGAAGGUCCAUGAGAGAGUGCACACAGGCGAAAAGCCAUUCGCAUGCGAAGUUUGCUCAAAGCAAUUUCGGCGGGAACACCACCUGAACGCCCACAGGAAUGUGCACAGGAGCAAAAGAACAUAUCCUUGUGACUUGUGAAAUGAAAUAAACUCUAAAUAUUGUUGGUCGAAAUGCAAAGGUUCAUGUCACAAAGUGUUUUAUCAAAACACAAUAUUGAAAACACUUAGAAAUAAUAAAAAA